GUGAAUCUUGUUUACAAUUUGUUACCUCCAGUUCAGCUGAUUCCAUGUGCUGAUGCACGGUGUCAGCUGAUAUGCCUGCGGUGUGACACUUCUACCUCUCCGAUGGAUUAAUGUAGUAGGGCCUCGAUACCCACAGGACGACCCAGCCCCGUGGUCAGUCACAGGACUACCCAGCCCCGUGGUCAGUCACAGGACUACCCAGCCCCGUGGUCAGUCACAGGACUACAGUAACUAUAAUACUUCAUGGCUACACUACAAGUCGCUAAUCUUGGUUUUUCCCCAAAGCAUGACCCUGAUGGAAUCGGUAUGUGAUCCUUGGCGCCACUAAUAUGGAUUAUGAAUGUGACACAGAAAGAAAACUGUCGCCAACCUUGGCCAAGUCCAGAGCGUUGGAGAAUGCCAUCAUUAACAAUAGUUCCAGUGACCUUCAAGACUUGCUCAAACACAUCAAUGUCAAUCUACCUCUCAACGACCGCCAGGAAACUGCAUUAAUCCUUGCAGUGAAACUGAGUCAUAUUGAUAUGGUCCAGAUUUUGCUCAAACAGAAAAACUGUGAUAAAAAUUAUGUCAACAUAAGCAACUGUUCUCCCCUAGAUCUAGCGCUGGUUACAACUUUCGACAACCGUCUGGAACCACGCCAUGCUAUAUGCUGGCAGAUUGUCUCAGUUCUGUUGGAGAAUCAUGCAGAACCUGUCCGCAAGGAUGCCAUGAUGUACGUAAUUCGCACAGCCCUCAAAAUUGAGGACCAUGACUUUAUCUUCCGUAUUAUCGACACAUGCAUAGCUCAUGCGACGUCACUACAGUUCCAUGAUUUGCUACUUCAGAAGCUGCACCGGCUUCAGCCCAUGUGUGCUGGAAUCAUUGACCCCUUCCUGCAGCGCUCGGCCGACUUUACUGUCAAACUCUUAAAGAUUGUGCAUGGUGAAAAUCUGUGUGUUGUUUUCAAUUCUUUUGAAUACUACAAAGAAUCCCAUUGGGCAUGCAGAGAGACAAAAGCAUCAGUAUUUCGGAAACUGAUCCUGUAUGCCAGUGGGGCAGGCUGGCAUUAUACCAAGUCAGACGUGAGUGUCAUCAAGAAGAUCUGCCCCGAGAUAGCAAGGUGGUGCUGGAGGUACGAGAGCAGUCCCCUGUCCUUGAUGCACCAGUGCCGAGUCACACUCAGACGAAGUAUCACUUGUUUUGUACCUGAUGCGCUGCUACAGAUGCAGCUUCCAGAGACCAUUAAGAAUUAUAUCUCCUUGGGAGAAAUUGACUACUUGUUUAAGACUAAGGCCAUGGUGCUUGAGGAUUUCAUGUUUUGACCUAUAUAUUGUGAAUGAACUCAGUGCCAUAUUGACCACUAACAGGGACAGAAUAGGGCAGAGUUGGACACUGUGUCGGACGUGGUGCUGAGGACCAUGCAGGGUAUUUUGUCACAGAAAUCAGCAGGUAUACCCUGACUGUCUGUCCCCAGGCUGUCAGGGAGACCAUGAACACUGAUGAAAGCAAUUUAUGUCUGCUUUCAGACAAAAAAUUAAAGUUUCAACCAAAUA